AAACAACUCUCAAACUCAACACUAUUUCGACAACUACCAACAUGCUGACCGCCUCUGAACUCGAAGAAUUUCCUGUUCUCCCCAAUGAUACCAGUGACUUCACAGAGGGCACUUACACGAUCCCAUGCCACAAGAAGAAAGAGCUCACAGCUGAGGGCCCAGACAUUGUUAACAAGAUCUGGUUCCAUACUCAGCCAUUAGAUACCGACACCAUCCAAAGGAUUCAUUGCAUGAAACUGGUCGCCAAGUCUCGUGAUCAAGGCUUCAGUGAUGAUCCUCUUGCUGGUAACUGGACUUGGUUUGAGAUUGCUAUCCUGAAGACCAAGUACUCUGAAGAGCCACGAGUCAAAGAUGGAAUCCAGCUCGUUUGGGUGAGCCACAGGAAUCGCUUCCUGUCAAAGGAUUAUGGAUGGGAAGAAGGUGUUGAGUUCGGAAAGGAUCAUGAUAUCUUCCGACUUCUGGAGGAGGGAAAUGUCAUUGCUGUCCGCCUCUGUGCCCGAUUUCAGGCGUGGCAGAUCAAGGCCCGCACUGGUUAUCUCGUGCUUGACAUUGGCGCCCCAGUGCCCAGAAAGGCUCUCCAGUAUGGACAGACCAAACAAACGGUCCUCAGCAUCCAGGAAGUCUUUGAUGAAGUCAACAGCACCAUCCUACCAAACUCGAUGCAGAUCUCUGCGCCUCCCUCUGAUCUGCUUUUCCGCGCUGAAAUGCUUACAUCUGCUAGCGAGAAGCCCCUUCGUGUUCUUUCUCUUGAUGGCGGUGGUGUUCGAGGUGUCGCGGCACUCAUGCAUCUAGACGCUAUCAUGAAAAAGGUUGCACCUGGAAAGAAGCCCUGUGAAGUCUUUGACAUGAUCGGAGGAACCAGCACAGGAGGAUUCAUCGCCAUCAUGCUUGGUCGUCUGCAAAUGACCAUUGAGGAUGCUCUCAAGCAAUACAAGAAGUUCAUGGGAACUGUCUUCCCCACAUCUCGCUGGACAACUGUCAGCUUAGUCAAAUCAGGCUCCAAGUGGGACGCAAGUGAGCUUGAGAAGUGUAUUAAGCAACUCGUCCAAGAGCAACUUGGUCAGGAUCCAGAUCAGGUUCUGCUCCUUGAUGAGGAAUCUGCCAAGACUUGCAAGGUCUUCGUGAUGGCUACGCGACAGGAGGGUGCGAAUAACCAAGCUCCCGUACUGUUUCGCUCAUACGAGAACCCGCUUGAGAAGUCCGAGUUACCGGGAAUCAAGCUUUGGGAGGCCGCACGGGCAACUUCAGCCGCACCGAUGUACUUCGCACCCCUCGAAGUUGGCGGCUACAAGUUCCUCGACGGUGGCCUCCAAGCUAAUAACCCAAUGGGAUGGCUCUGGAACGAGGUCCUGUCCGUCUUCGGUCCAGCCCGGUCUACCAACUGCUUUCUGAGUAUCGGAACAGGUAUCGCAGCAGCAAAAGCCGUCGGAGAUGUCCGCAACCUCAAAGGCUUCACCGAGUCCGUCGCUAGCAUUGCGACGAACAGCGAAAUCACAAACCUGCUCUUCCGUUCGCUUAUCAAUGCCUUUGCUCCAAGGCCCAUGGCCAAGAAAUACUACCGAUUUAAUGUCGGUGACGGUCUACCGGAGUGGACGGAGGAUGACGAUGGUAACUGGACUUGGAAGCUUCUUGAGACGCGUGUCGAAGGUGGUGUCGCUGAGAUGGAUGAUAUCACUGCUAUAGAUGCCACGGAGGAGCAGGCCAAGAAGUACAUUGAGCUUGCGGGGGCGCAGAAGAUGAUUGAGGAAUGUGCAGAGGUAUUGAGAGAAGAUAUUUGA